AUUGCUUUAUAAAUUCCAUACUAAUUAUUCAGUGAUACGUAACUUAAAUUAAUUAUUGUAAUGCUGCAAAAAAAAAAAUGUUCAGUGUAUCGAGAAAAAUAUUGGCAAGUGGCUGUGUGUAAAAUUAUGUCGUGGGCCGAUUGUCUGAAUACAGCAUUUUUAUAUGGGGACCAAGUGUCAUUGGUCCGCGGACCAACUGUCCGUAUACCAUGGGCGAUGACCAGAUUACAAUACAAUUCAGCCAUUUUAGGUUCAUUUUUUGUGUGCCGUUCUGUCUUGUCUGCCUUCUCCCGCUAUAAUAACCUUCGUUUUAUUAGUCUUCCCAAAUUUACUUGAAAUCGAAGAUCUUGCCAAACAGCCAAAAUGGUCGUGAAAGAAAUUAUGAGUGAUACCCAGUUUCGAGAUAUAUUAAACUUGAACCUCACGAAGCUGAUCGUCGUGGACUUCUACGCUAUUUGGUGCGGUCCAUGCAAACGUGUCGCGCCUAAGUACAUAGAACUGUCAAACAAGUAUGACCGUGCACUGUUCCUCGAAGUGGACGUUGACAAGUGCGAAGAAACAGCCACCAGUGAAGGCGUGUCGGCCAUGCCGACUUUCAUACUGUACCGCAAUAAGUUACAGGUGGCAAAAAUCCGGGGUGCUGAUAUCGCAACCGUCGAAUCGAAAAUCAUAGAAUUGUACGAAGCACCUCGUGUUGCUGCCGUCGAAGACUGUGGAGUACCGGGCCAGAUGGAUCUUAGCUCGUUCAUUGUGAGAAGUCAAUGCGAGGCCCUAAAUGAUUCAGAUGACCAUCCACUUCCGGGGCUUUUCGAGAAAAGUGGCUACAUUGAAUCGGACUGUGAUCAGCAACUCAUCUUGUCAUUUAUUUUCACAAAGCCUGUUAAAGUACAUUCCAUUAAAGUUAAAGCUCCUAAACACAAUGGACCAAAAUCAUUGAGGUUGUUUACUAACCAUCCAAAUACCAUAGAUUUUGAUUCUGCAACAUUUAAUUUAGCUGCACAAGAACUGGAUUUAAAACCUGAUGACUUAGAUGGUAAAAUUGUCAACUUGAAAUAUGUAAAAUUCCAGAAUGUCUAUAAUCUACAGAUAUUUGUUGUAAACAAUCAAACUGAGGAGGAAGUGACAAGAAUAGAUAGUUUGAAUAUUAUUGGAAUGCCUACAUCUGUAACCCUUAUGGGUGAUUUCAAGCGUAUUGCUGGUAAAGUGGGAGAAUCCCAUUAAAAGUCCAUUGUUAAUUUUGUUCACAUUUAUAUAAUAUGGUUUUUUUAAUAAUACGUCGUUUGUAAAUUAUUUAUUUUAUUAAAAAAUCAUAUGAACUAAAUGUGAACUACAUUAAUAAUCUUAAUAAUGACUAAUUAUUAUAUACUUGCCAUUUUUUUUUUUCUUAUAAAAUUAUACAUUUUUUAUGUUUAUUAUAAAACUUGUAUUUGUAAAAUAAAUCUUAUUCAAGAAAAUUUUACCAAGUAUUAAGUAAACAUAUCAUCUGGCUUUAA